AUGGGCAAUUACGAAUUUGGCAUCACAGACGAACCCUUCUUUGUCGCAGAUCUAGGGCAGGUCCUACGUCAACACCGCCGCUGGCAAACGAAUUUCCCGAAUGUUCAUCCGUUCUACGCGGUGAAAUGCAACCCGGACCCUACGCUGCUCCGACUGCUCGCUGAAAUCGGCACUGGUUUUGACUGCGCGUCGACCGAGGAACUCAGGGUCGUCGUCAAUCUCGGAGUCGAUCCAUCACGCAUAAUAUUCGCCAACCCGUGCAAAUCGGCCUCCUCGCUCCUAUUUGCUGCCAGGAUGGGGGUUACUCUGACUACCUUUGAUAAUCUGGACGAAUUGGAGACCAUUCACACAUUUCUUCCCACGGCACGGCUCGUGCUGCGGAUCUAUGCCUGCGAUAACGAUGCUAUCAUCAUGCUGGGCGAGAAAUUCGGCGCUCCCGUUGAGUGUUCAUUCUUUCUGUUGCAACGUGCGCAAGAGCUGGGCUUGGAAGUGUGCGGGGUGAGCUUUCACGUCGGUACGGGGGCUGCGAACGCUUCAGCAUAUGUAAACGCCAUUCGACAUGCCCGCAUGGUAUUUGAGCUGGGCCAAAGCCUGGGAUAUGACAUGAACCUCUUAGAUAUUGGUGGUGGCUACCAGGAUAGCAACUUUGAGAAGAUUGCACAAUCAGUACGAGUGGCCCUAAUGGAAGACUUUCCGUCCCAGAUACGGAUCAUCGCAGAGCCAGGGCGCUACUUUGCCAGGAGUGCCUAUACACUCGCUUGCAAGGUUCUGUCCCGCCGGUGCCACAUCGCCGGGGCGGCUCAGGAACGCCCAGAUAUGCUUUACCAGAACGACGGCGUGUACGGGAGCUUUAUGAAUGUUCUUCUUGAGAAAGAAGUGGUGCAUCCGUCGUUGAUCCCCUGCAGCUCACCAUACCAUCUCGGGAACACAAAGCGAGCGCAUGAACCGCAUCGUUACUCGAUCUGGGGUCCUACCUGUGACAGUGUCGACUGUGUUGCACGAGAAUCUACAUUGGAGGCGGAAGUUCGCGUGGGAGACUGGCUGAAGUACAGUAAUAUGGGUGGUGAGCCUCCCUCUUGA